AUGUCGACCACCAAGACUUCAGUCGUGGAUGAAGCGCCUGUCACCGCAGUGCCGACGAAGCAGAGCUUCGGCUCGCGUCUCAAAGCCCACUUUAAGAAGUGGUGGUGGGUUCAUGUUAUUGUCUUCAUUGUGGUUUUCUUGGUUAUUUUGUUGCCAGUUAUCUACGUCGCCUACCCCAAGAUCGCCCAAAGCGCCGUCAACGACUCCACCCUGCAGAUCAAAUCAAUGAUCAUCAGCGACCCAACCCCCGAAUCCUUCCAUCUCGACCAGCAGCAGAUCCUCGGCACAGACAGCUCCUAUCAUCCCAAGAUCUACGAGUUCGACGCAGAGGUCUCUCUCGGCGGUGCCGACGGUCCUUUCGCUACCGUCACCGUGCCCGAGGUCAAGUCCAAGGACGGUGCUGAGAUCCACGUUGUGCAGAAGGUUGAUCUGACCGAUGUCGAUGCUUUUGGUGAUUUCAAUGUAGCUGUUAUGUUGCAGGAGGAGCUGGAUUUGAGGAUUAAGGGGAAGCCGGGUCUUAAGCAGGGUGGUUUGCCUAAGACGCAUGUUACUUAUGAUAAGACUGUUACGAUGAAGGGUCUAAACAAACUCAAAGGCUUCGCCAUUACGGAAUUCCACAUCAUGUUCCCACCAGUAAAUGGUAUCGGCAUGAAUGGCACAGUUUCCAUUCCCAAUCCAACCGUCAUGACUAUCGCAAUGGGCAACGUGACCUUCGACCUCUCCCUCGACGGCCACUACCUCGGCGAAACCAGGCUCCACGACCUCGUCCUCAAGCCAGGCGAAAACAUCGUCCCCAUAGUGGGAACCGUCGACCACGGCUACGUCAUCAGCUUCCUUACCUCGAAGAAAAACCCUUACAAGGACGGGAUCCUGCCCUUCGACAUCGCCGGUAACAAGAGCGUGUAUGCCGGAAAGGAGCUGUCGUACUAUACCAAGGCGUUGAGGGCGAAUACGUUGCAUGUGAAGUUGGAUGUUGUGGGUGCGCUUAGGGAUGUUAAUGUUACGUUGCCUGGUUUCUAG